AUGGAUCCACAAAACUCUUCUUUGAAGAAUUUCAGACUUUAUGAAACCCAAUCGAAGGUUUACAUUGUUGGUAGAAACAACAGUAAGACGGUAUGGAGAGUAUUGAAGAUUGAUCGAUCAGAACCUACCGAGCUAGACAUUGUUGAAGAUUCAACCACGUAUUCAGAAAGGGAGAUUUCUGCACUGUUGAGGCGGUUACAUGCAGGGAAUUUAGCGACCGGUGGUCUUAAAUUCGUCACUUCUUGUUACGGAAUUGUUGGAUUCAUUAAAUUCUUGGGGCCGUAUUACAUGCUGCUUAUCACGAAGCGAAAGCAGAUUGGUGAAAUUCGUGGCCAUGUUAUAUAUGGAAUCAGCAAGACCAAGAUGAUUCCUAUUCCACAUCCUAGUGUGCAGCAAACUGAUACAUUUUCUUCUAAAAGCGAGAACAGAUACAAGAAGCUUCUAUGCUCAAUAGACCUUACCAAGGACUUCUUUUUCAGCUUCACGUAUAAUGUUACGCGUAGCCUUCAAAGGAACUUGUGUGAUGUUCAGACGACAGGACCAGUUCUCUAUGAAAAGAUGUUUGUUUGGAACGAGUUCUUGACACGUGGAAUCAGUAAUCUGAAUAACACGGUCUGGACCGUGGCAUUAGUAUAUGGCUUCUUCAAACAGGCAAAACUUUCAGUUUCUGGGAGGGAUUUUAAAUUGACGCUCAUUUCUAGGCGCUCACGUCUCUAUGCUGGCCCAAGGUACCAUAAACGUGGUGUGGACAAGAAAGGAAGAGUAGCUAAUGAUGUUGAGACUGAGCAGAUUGUGUUUGAAGAUCUCCCUGGAGGAUGCCCAGUGGAAAUAAGUUCUGUUGUACAGCACCGAGGCUCUAUUCCCCUUUUCUGGUCGCAGGAAGCUUCACUCCUAAAUGUUAAACCUAAGAUCAGAUUGUCAGGACGUGACGAAAAUUAUAAGGCUACCAGGCUUCAUUUUGAUAACCUUGUGACAAGAUAUGGAAACCCAAUAAUCAUAUUAAAUUUGAUUAAGGGUCGUGAAAAGGAAGCUCGAGAGUCUACACUUCGAGGAAUGUUUUCUGAUGCAACUGAAGUUAUCAACAAUGAUUUGUCCUUUGAGAAUCGUCUGAGAUUCUUCCACUUGGAUCUAGCUAAACUUUCCAAAAGUAAAGAUAUAGAUGUGCUGGAAUCACUUGGUGGAUUGACUGAAUAUUCACUGAGAAUAACAGGCUUCUUCUUCCAUUCACAAUUAUCACCAAAUUUUGUACCUGGUGAUGAUAAGGAGAACCGCUUGAUUAAGCAAACCAAACUACAAAAAGGUGUCCUCAGAACCAAUUGUAUUGAUUGCUUGGACCGCACCAAUGUGGCGCAGUAUUCAUAUGGCUUGGCUGCUCUUGGAUAUCAACUGAACGCAUUGGGGUUGAUCAGUAGACCAAAGAUUGGCCAGGAUGACCGUUUGGCUGUUGAUUUGAUGGAUCUAUAUGAGAUGAUGGGUGACAUACUAUCUCUCCAGUAUGGGGGAUCUCUCUCUCAUUGCAAGAUAUUUUGGUUGAAAAAAGGCCACUGGAAACCAGCUGUCAAAGCCAGUGACUUGAUAAGAUCAGUUCGACGCUACGGAAGCAACACUUUCACCGAUGGCGAGAAGCAAGACGCGAUAAACAUAUUCUUGGGUCAUUUCCAGCCACAACAAGGUAAGCCUGCAAUUUGGGAGCUAAAUUCUGACCAGAAUGUCAAUGUUGGGAGGGAUGAAAACGCAAUGCUAUCCCUUAAAAGAUCCGCAUCAGAUGGUAACCUUGCUAGUGUGAGUGAACAAGAGAGCAGUCGUCUUGUUGAUGAUUCUACACCUGAAAUAAUCCCAGCUUCCAAUUCUGAAAUAAUCGCAACUUUCAGGUCGAGUCCUUCAAGGAGAAGCGUUCAGCUUUUAUGUGACAUGCAAAGCACCCCCAUUGAUUUCUAUGAGAAUCAAGAC